AUGCAACAGUAUGCGUGGCAAGUUAUCUACGCCAGCAGCCAGUACGGACCGUCGACCACUAUUUCGUACAAUGCCAUCAACGUCACUGGACAGCCCAAGAACUAUCCGGUCUACGGGGAGCAUUCCGAUUCGUAUUUGCUGCCCUCGUAUGGUAACUGGCGGAAGUUGGCCCCAUCGUACGCACCCGAGUUUGGGCUGCACACCGUGUCCGCCGUUGACAAUCCGCCGGUGGACGAUUUUAUUGUAGUGGACUUCGGAACUAUCGUCUGCCCGAUGGGUCUGGAAGUGUACGAAACGAUGAAUCCGGGCUCCAUCUAUCGCAUAUGGGCGUAUACCGAGUUCUCCAAGUGGGUGGUGCUGUGGGAUAAACGGUUCGACCGGAUACUCGCAGACAUACGCAACCAUCCGCCGGGCUUGACGCGUGUCUUCGUACCGGAUAUACGCGCGAUCGAAGCGCGUACGUGCGUGCUGCGGUUCGAGUUUUGUACGCUCGAUUUAGACUACAUACCCGGCAUCGAUGGGAUGCUGGUGCGAAGUUUGCUGGACGACCCGCGCGACUUCCGGCCCCGAGAGUACACCAAAUUCGUACGAGCGAGUGGCGACGAUUCCGACUCGGACGAGUGUGACGAACCGUCCCUCAAUGUUUUACCAUACGAAAUGAUCUUUAAGAUAUGUUCGUUUCUCGACCUAAAGUCACUGCGAAGCGCCUCGAUGGUAUCGUCGACAUUCAACAACGUUGUGCGUGAUACGCGUCUGUACCGGGUGCUGAACAUGCGUCCCUACUGGAUGAACAUGGACUCUCAGCUGCUCGCAUGGCUAAAGGGCCGGUGCACCGGUAUACGCAAGCUCGAUCUAUCCUGGUGCGGGCUGUUAAAUUCGAUCACGGCCCGCGAUCUGCAAAGCUUCCUACAGCAGCACGGUUGCACCUUGACGCAUCUCCGUCUGAAUUCGGUUGCAUUCCCUGACGGUACCAAUUUUCUGCUUUCAUUGUGCCCGAACCUUACCGAGCUGUGUGUGCAGAAUAUGGAGCUGCGCGACGUCUUCCCGCUGGAUUCGAAGCUCACCAAACUGACCAGACUGGACAUAUCCGGCGGUUCGAUGUCAGCCGCCGCCCUGGAGAACUUGCUGAAGCUGAACACAUCACUGCAACACCUGAACCUGUCCUGCUUCAAGUACGAAACGUUCCAAAUUGCCGACACCAUCGGCCGUUACAAUCGGGAGCUCAUUAGCCUGAACCUUUUCAAAACGCGUGCACUGAGCGCGGUCGAUCUGGUACCGUUGGCAAAAUGUACCAAGCUGCAGGAGCUCAACCUCGGCUACGCCAACCACGAAGAGGUACGCGAAGGGGACCUUAGCCGGCUGUUGAAAGCGUGCCCCGGUUUGCGGAAGCUGGUGCUGGCCGGGUUCCGGGACGUGCUCAACAAUGAUCUGCUCACGGUUGCGCAGCAUUGCCGCGGGCUGGAGUAUCUCGAUUUGAUGGGCUGCCUCACGGUAUCGGGUGUGUCCGUGAAUGCCAUCUUUAUGGGAUGUCCGGAAUUGCGGCUGCUGGAACUUCAUCAUUGCAAUCAAAUAUCGCACUCUUGGUUGGCCGAGUGGAGACGUCUAUACAUGGAUGUUGAUAUCAAGUAUCAACUUUUCUAA